AUGGCGCACGAACAUUGUGCUCGACACUAUUCUGAUUGGCAAAAAACGGUUCAUUGUUCAUUCGAAAAUGUCUUUACUCCAACAAUUGCCCAUACAGUUGGUGCUAAUCUUCAAAAUAUAUUGAGUAUUCAACAUUUUAAACCAGAUGCAAUGGCUAGAGAUGCUCCAUCACCACAUAUAUUUACAUGUUCAAGACGAGAAGCAAACGAUAUUCGUGAUAAACUUAUCCAAGUAACGACUGAAUCGUAUUCACAUAUUUGGUUUUCAAUGCAAACAGAUCCAUUUCAUUUUCUUCACAAUAGACGUUCAAUGUUAGAUGAUGAUCCAAUUAAAGUCAAACAAUAUCCUGUCUUUUUCUAUUUUGGUUCCAUGUAUACGUGUAGUACAUUUAAUAUUCAUAGUGAUCCACAUCCAGUUAUUUACGAUAUUGAUAUAACUAAAUGGAAAGAUGCACCGGAAACAGUUCGUAUCAUGUCUAAAGAUAGAAGGAGACAAAUCUUUAUACCGGUGAAAUGGAUACAAAAAAAAGUGCUGGUCAAUACCAAAGACCGACCAUGUGUAGUUUUAAUGUUAAAAUAUUCUGUGAAAAUGAAAAGAAAAAUGACAGUAAAUGAUAAAUCAACAUAUGAAAGAGUAUGUCGAAUAGGUGAAGAUGGAUUCGAAACGAUCGUAUCGAGAAGUUCCGAUAUUCUUCUCUCAUUUAAUGAAAUCGAACAUACAUAUGCUUUUCUGUCAGAGCUUAUACAAGAAACUGUUAAUUGUCCUCAUAGAUUUACAAUCUAUUUUGUCUCACUUAGACAAGUUUCUUUAAAUGCUAACAAUAAUAGUCAACCAUUUAAUUUACCUUCAUCAGCAUCAAAUAAACAGCAUUAUGCCUUGAAAAUGCUUUAUUCUAUGGGCUAUUUAUUUCAAGACAAAUAUUCGAAACAAAUUCAUGAUCAAUUUAUAGCAUUUGAUAAAGAAUUAUUUAAUAAUAUGUGCUAUUAUCUUAAGGAAAAACUUGAAGAAAAUCAUUGUUAUAUGUUAAAGCGUAUUUUUGAUGAAUACGAUACUUAUCUGAAAGAGAAGCGUAAAGAAGACCAAGAAUAUCCUGUACAGAAGCUUUCGUAUUGUAUUGGUUGUAUUUCAUUGACACCAUUACGACUUAUCUAUCAAAAAAUGGAAUCAUCGAUUGGAAAUCGAGCAUUAAGAAUGAAACAAUUCGGUGGUGAAGAUAUGUUUUUACUGGUACACAUUCGAGAAGAAGAUAACCAAGCAUUGAAAGAUUUCGAUAUAUCAAUUAAACGUCGACUUAAAUCGAAAAUGAUGCAUGGAAUUAAGGCUAUGGGUAGAACGUAUCGUCUCUUUGGUACAUCGACUAGUCAAUUAAAAGAAAUGUCAUUUUGGUUCGCAGCUAUUGAAGAUAGACCUAUUGAAAAAGCUUGGGAAGAGUUGGGAGAUUUUUCAUUGAUAAAUAAUGUUGCCAAAUAUGUAGCACGAAUAGGUCUUUAUUUUUCAACAUCUCAUGCAACAGGAGUUUCGUUUACAUAUGAGAAAAACUUCUCACCUAAUAAGCAAUAUGUAGCAACAACUAUUGCUGAUAUUGAAACUGACGAUAAAAAAUAUAAGUUUACUGAUGGCAUUGGAAAAAUGUCAUGGGGUAUUGCUGGUCUAGUUGCUACAAAAUUAAAUAUUCAAUUAGAAUCAAGAGAUGAUAUACCAUCAGCUUAUCAAGUUCGUAUAGCUGGUUGUAAAGGAAUGUUAUCCAUUGAUCCUGAAUCUACAUUAAAUGAUUAUUAUAUCAAAGUUAGAUUAUCAAUGGAAAAGUUCAAAUCUAAUAAUUGGGAAUUAGAAGUAUGCGAAUAUAGUAAACCACUUGAACUUAGACUCAAUAACCAAGUGAUCAUGCUUUUAUCGGAUUUGGGUAAUCCAGAUGCAGUUUUCGAAUCAUAUCAAAAUGUAAGUUUGAACACUUGCGUUGGACAAAAUAAAAAUGAACAACAACGAAAACUAAAGUUUUCAUCGGCCAAGGACGACUUAUUGAAAAAUAGAAUUCCAUUACCAUUACACGAAGCACGAAAUAUGUUUGGUGUUGCCGAUGAAACUGGUACAUUAGAAUAUGGUCAAGUUUUUAUUCAGUAUAAAAAUCUUGAUCCAACCAUUGAUAAAACAUACAUUGUUGUAACUGGUGACGUAUUAGUAGCGAAAAUGCCGUGCUUACAUCCUGGUGAUUUUCGUCGAUUGACUGCUGUCGAUGUACCUCAAUUGAAAAAAUGUAUACGUGAUUGUAUUGUAUUUCCAACCAAAGGAAAACGACCUCAUCCUAAUGAAAUGUCUGGAUCUGAUCUAGAUGGGGAUCAAUACUGGGCUUAUUGGGGUAAACAAUUGAAAAUCAGACAAAUGGAUGAACCAUUAUCAUAUGAAUCUUCACCAAGACAAGUAAAACCUAAAAUAACUUAUGAAAGUAUAGUCGAUCAUAUCAUUGAAUCAUUUGGAGCUGGAAGUCAAGGUAUUAUUUGUGAUGUACAUUUAGCAAUCGCUGAUUCUCAUCCAAAACGUACAAGAUCAGAUGAAUGCAAAUAUUUAGCUGAAUUAUUUGCAUGUGCUGUUGAUGCACCGAAAACAGGUGAAAUUAUUGAAUUAGAUAAAGUUUAUGAAUUAAGAGCAAGAUAUUGUCGAGGAUAUCCAGAAUUUAUGAAAAAAUACGAUCAACCAAUACGUGAAUCGCAUAGUAUUUUAAAUAAAUUAUUUUUAAAUGCAAGACGUCAUUUCUUUGAGCAACGUCAGGCAGGUCUUCAUAUACCACCAUCGCAGCCUCUUGUGCGAUCCGAUUCAGCUGCUCCAAAAGCUCGUGCCCAACGAAAAACUGGAGCAAGUGUUCAAGACAAAGAAUUUCAAGAAUGGCUUUCAUCUCUCAACAUUUAUGAAUCAGACAAUAAAAUUCACGAAGCUAAGCCUGUCUUGGCAAACAUCAAAGCGAGUAAAAGCUCCGCUAAAAGUUUUGAUACCGCAAGCAGCAUAAUUGAUGUGACAUCUUCGAAAUCAUCAAUAGAACAACCAUUUACAGAUGCUAAAAAGCAAAGAAACAUUCCAUCAAAAAAAGAAAAACUUCCUGUUGAAUCGAAAUCAUCUGGAUCAGCUUCAACUGAAUCUAAAACAUCAAAAGAAAAUAAAGCAAAAGUAGAACCUAUCCCUACGUCCGAUAAAUCAAUUACAUUAAUCGAUUCUGGUGCGCCAUCAGUUUCACCGCAACCAUCACCAAAUCCUUCUUUUAUUUCUGAGAAUGUUCUCAAUCGAAAUAUUGUUUUCAAUGGUAUGACAGCAAUAACCAAUCGGCUUAAAUGGGUUCAAACAAGUAGCAAUACUUUUACAGUUGAUCUGGAUGCAAAAGGAAACAGUAAAGAUAAUGCAGUGGAUAAAAUAGUUAGUGUUAUGCUCGACCGAAGAGAAACAUCAUCAUUUUCGGCCGAUCCUAAAUUAACACUUGUAAUAUUAUGGGGUGAACUUAAUAUAAGAAUUCCUCAAGCAACGGAUGAUACAAAACCAAAAAAUAUUAAAGAACUUACUCAACGAAUUAAAGAUAAUAAUGAUAUUGAAUUUUCGUUUAGAGAAUCUGAUAUCAAAACUGUUACAGAAGAACAUGAACCAUCUAGCAAAUCAACAGCAGUAUAUGUUCUUGUCUGUAAAUGUUCCGAUAUUGCACCAAGCGAUAUAGCGCUCAUAUUCGAUGAUAAAAAGAAAUUAAAGAAAAUUUUUUUUACUUCUCGAGAGUGGAUUUGUGCUGUUCGAGAUGGUGAAGAACUUAUGGAUAGUUACUAUGAAAUUCGACGUACAACCAACGAAAUCGAUUCCAAACAUGAGUCAUUCUCUGACUAUUUGAAAUCAUUAUUCAAAGAUCCUAACUCACUAGAUAUUUUAACAGGUAGAAGUCCACAAAUUUCAAUCGUCAGUGAACAAUUUAAACCAAGCGUACAAAUUAUUUCUUUACAACGAUUGGUUCGUUGUGACUAUGCUUUUUUAAGUCAACGAAAAUCAUAUCAAAGUCAAUUUGAUACAUUGACAAAUCUCGACUGGACCUUUUAUCAUGUUACACGUAUUUCUACAGAAAAGACAAGUGAUAAAAUUUCAACACAAGAUACAAUUGAAUUUCAGGCAACACCUAUUCAAUUGGCAAAAAAAUGUGAACAAGACUUGAAAAAUUUAUGUAAUUUAGCAGAGAAGUUUUUUGACUAA